AUGGAGCAGCACAUCAAGCCGCUGCCAGGCAAGCCUGAGCUGGUGGCAAGUGCAACUAAAUACAGAAGUAUUGUUGGCAGCCUCAGAUACUUAGUGAAUUCAAGACCUGAUCUUGCCUUCUCUGUUGGGAUGGUCAGCAGGUUCAUGGAAGCACCAAACUCAGAACAUUGGGGAGCCAUCAAGAGAAUUGUGAGGUAUGUUGCAGGAACCACACAGUUGGGGUGCAGGUUUGUCAAAGGAGCACACUCAGAGCUGUUUGGCUUCACUGACAGUGAUCAUGCAGGGGACAUUCAGAAGAGGAAAAGCACUUCAGGUGUUGUUUUCUUUCUUGGCCCAAACUUAAUUACUUGGAGUUCACAGAAGCAAAGGGUUGUUGCACUGUCAUCAUGUGAAUCUGAGUAUAUAGCUGCUGCAACUGGAACAUGUCAGGGAGUGUGGUUAAGCAGGUUGCUGGCUGAUCUCACUUGCACUGAAGUGAAGAAGUUCAGACUUAACAUUGACAGCAAGUCUGCUCAGGAGCUCUGCAAAAAUCCUGUGUACCAUGAGAGAUCCAAGCACAUUGAUACUUGA